GCUCACAUCUUCAACCGCUCUACGCUAAUUCCAAAUUCCCAAAUCAAAACCCUAAUUCGAAUUGAGUGUUAGCGAUGGCACCAAAGCCAGAGAAGAAGCCAGCGGAGAAGAAGCCCUCGGAGGAGAAGAAGUCGACGGUGGCAGAGAAGGCUCCAGCGGCGGAGAAGAAGCCAAAGGCAGGGAAGAAGCUGCCGAAGGAGGGAGGAGCUGGCGGAGACAAGAAGAAGAAGAGAAGCAAGAAGAGUGUGGAGACAUACAAAAUCUACAUCUUCAAGGUUCUGAAGCAGGUUCACCCAGACAUUGGUAUCUCAAGCAAGGCCAUGGGAAUCAUGAACAGCUUCAUCAACGACAUCUUCGAGAAGCUUGCUCAGGAAUCUUCUAGACUUGCCCGCUACAACAAGAAGCCAACCAUCACUUCAAGGGAGAUCCAGACCGCGGUCAGGCUUGUGCUGCCCGGAGAAUUGGCCAAACACGCCGUCUCCGAAGGUACCAAGGCCGUCACAAAGUUCACUAGCUCUUGAACUAACAACCCAUUAAACUUGGUCUAUGUAUCAAUUUACGUGUUAUGACUUGUGUUUAGAUUUUUUGUCAGUAUAUUUGCCGUUUUUAUUUGUAAUUGUUGACAUGUGGUCGUGGUUAUCCUUUUGUGAAAUGAAAAGGGAAUAUUGAUUAUAUGUA